GUGUAGGCGCAACAUAAAGUAGAGCUAGAAGCCUCUGACCUCUGAACAUGUUUGUAAAUAUGUUUAUUUUAAAAUGAACAUUGAUUUUCCCACAUUGCCUACGCCAGUUGUGGCACCAGCGACAGUGUGCGUCUAAACACUUUGUCAAACCGGCUCUAUACAAACUGGACAGCUUUGUAAGACGUAGUCGUGGCAGGGAGUAAUAUCCGCAAAUCCCUUGGAGCGCUGGGGAAACAUUUUCGUCGCCUGAAUCGCCCUGUUCUGCUACAGUAGUCAGGGCGAGAAGCUGCCCUCCUUGAUCAGAAACAGUCUGUGUCUCAGCCCCCAUGGUCUCACACGACGCUGCGUCGGACCGGAGGACACACGUCGGGCACUAAGAAAACCAUGAGAGCGAGGAAAGGCAGUCAGUCGAAAGGUCCUGGGUCAGCCCAAAAAGAUGCAAGCACAUUCUUUUGAAACCUCCCCAGUCUAUAAAGUCCAACAGAUCUAAAUCUACACGGCUGGAUUAGAAGGGGGCUUCACCCAUCCCCUGCACCCCAGUAUGUGUGGCGUUACAGAGGGGAUUUACUCCCCCAGCAUCCCUUCUCCCUGGCUCCCCCUGGUGGUCUUCCUGCUGCUCCUACCCGCCCAGGUCCAGCCCAGUCCCAGAUACCUCACUGCCAUGCCCAGCACCAAGCGCGAGAUCAUCAUAGAUGGCGACCUGGUGAUCGGUGGCCUGUUUCCCGUGCACGAGAAGGGUGAGGGGAUGCAGGACUGCGGGAAGGUCAACGGCGAGCGAGGCAUUCAGCGGCUGGAGGCCAUGCUGCUGGCGCUGGAUGAGAUCAACCAGGACAGCCGCAUCUUGCCGGGCCUAAAGCUCGGGGCCCACAUCCUAGACACCUGCUCCAAGGACACCUACGCGCUGGAGCAGUCGCUGGAGUUUGUGCGCUCGUCCCUCACCAAAGUACAUCAGCCGGGCUUCAUCUGCCCCGAUGGGUCCAAUCCCGUGCCAGAUGAGGUGCCACUGGCCAUAUCGGGAGUGAUCGGAGGCUCGUACAGUGAUGUCUCCAUCCAGGUGGCCAAUCUGCUCCGGCUCUUCCAGAUCCCUCAGAUCAGCUAUGCAUCCACGAGCGCCAAGCUGAGCGACAAAUCACGCUACGACUACUUCGCCCGGACGGUGCCGCCGGACUUCUACCAGGCCAAGGCCAUGGCGGAAAUCCUGCGCUUCUUCAACUGGACCUACGUGUCGACGGUGGCGUCGGAGGGCGACUACGGCGAGACGGGCAUUGAUGCCUUCCAGCAGGAGGCACGGGUGCGGCACAUCUGCAUCGCGACGUCGGUGAAGGUGAGCCGCUCCAUGAACCGGGGCAACUACGAUAUAGUAAUCCGAUCGCUGCAGCAGAAGGCCAACGCCAAGGUGGUGGUCCUGUUCACCCGCAGCGAAGACGCCAGGGAGCUGCUGGUGGCAGCCGCCCGCAUGAACGUCUCCUUCAUCUGGGUGGCAAGCGACGGCUGGGGGGCGCAGGAGAGCGUGGUGCACGGCAGCGAGAAUGCAGCCAACGGGGCCUUCACUAUCGAGCUCUCCUCCUACCCCAUCCGUGAGUUUGAGGACUACUUCACCAAGCUCACGCCGGAGCUCAACACCCGGAAUCCUUGGUUCAGGGAAUUCUGGGAGCACCGGUUCGGGUGUAGGCUGCAAGAGCAUGGUUGCGCCAGGCACAGCCUACGGGAUGGGUCAUUCACACAGGAGUCCAAGAUCAUGUUUGUGGUGAACGCCGUCUACGCCAUGGCCUACGCGCUGCAUAACAUGCGGCAGGUGGUGUGCCCUAACACCACCCGUGUGUGUGACGCCAUGAAACCAGGCAAUGGCAAGAGGUUCUACCGUGAGUUCAUCCUUAAGACCAAGUUUGACGCUCCAUUUAGGCCCGUUGACACUGAGAACGUUGUGCGAUUCACCCCUCUCGGUGACAGCCUGGGUCGCUACAACAUCUUCCACUACCACCAGGAGAACAGCAGGUACGUCUAUAGGAAGGUGGGCCACUGGGCACAAGGUCUGGUCCUCAACACCAGCCUGCUUCCCUGGUCCAAGGGGUCGGUGCCCACUUCCCAGUGCAGUGACCCCUGCCAACCCAACGAGGCCAAGAGCAUGCAACCCGGGGACGUCUGCUGCUGGAUCUGCAUUCCCUGCCAGCCCCACCAGUACCUUCGGGAUGAGUUCACCUGCGAGGAUUGCGGCUUUGGGGAGUGGCCAUUGGCCAACCUUACGGGCUGCUACGAGCUCCCGGAGGAGUAUAUCCGCUGGUCGGACGCAUGGGCCAUUGGGCCCGUGACCAUAGCCUGUCUGGGGAUGAUGUGUACCCUCGGGGUGGCUGGUGUUUUCUUGCGCCACAACGACACUCCGGUCGUGAAGGCCAGCGGACGUGAGCUGUGUUACAUCCUCCUGCUAGGAAUCCUUCUGUGCUAUGCCAUGACCUUCAUCUACAUCGCCAAGCCGUCCGUGGCUGUGUGCGCCCUGCGACGCCUCGGCCUCGGCACCUCGUUCGCCGUCUGCUACUCUGCCCUCCUCACCAAGACCAACCGGAUCGCGAGGAUAUUCGGCGGCGUGCGCGACGGCGCCAAGCGGCCCCGUUUCAUCAGCCCUGGCUCCCAGGUGGCCAUCUGCGGGGUGCUGAUCUCCGCCCAGCUGCUGGUAGCGCUAGUGUGGCUCCUGGUGGAGGUGCCGGGCGUGCGGAAGGAAGUGGGGCCCUUCAGGCGUAACGUGGUGACGCUGAAGUGCAACAGCCCAGACUCCAGCAUGCUGGUGUCGCUCACCUACAACUGCAUCCUCAUCAUCCUGUGCACCUUCUACGCCUUCAAGACCAGGAAGUGCCCUGAGAACUUCAAUGAGGCCAAGUUCAUCGGCUUCACCAUGUACACCACGUGCAUCAUCUGGCUGGCAUUUCAGCCCAUAUUCUAUGUUACCGCUAGCGACUACAGGGUGCAGACCACCACCAUGUGCAUCUCGGUGAGCUUGAGCGGCUCAGUGGUGCUGGGCUGCCUCUUCGCUCCCAAGCUCCACAUCAUACUGUUCCAGCCGCAGAAGAACGUGGCUACGCUGCGCACGAAGGAGAACCGCUUUUCCACAGCCAACACGGCACCCAGCUCCACGUACUCACAGGGUAGCUAAGCUCUUUUCCAGGACACUCGCUGCAUCUGUAAAGUGAAGAACAACUCCACAACCGUUCCUACUGUGUGCAAUGGACGAGAGGUUGUGGACUCUACGACAUCGUCAUUGUGAAGGAGAGUAACGCACGCGCCGCAUCAACGAUGUCAUGGAUCAAUCCAUCAAUGCCUCUUCCAUCAAGGGUGCUUUCAUCAUCCAUUUCAGACAAUUAAGCUCAAAGUCCUAAAUUAUAAAAAGGGAAUGCUUGUAAAUAAAACAAACUGUAUGGAAUCCAUCUGCUAGCAUGAGCUAGUAGGGUAGAUUAGACGCCACAUGACACUACAAUUUGAUGAUACCUGAAUGUUUUUCCCAUUUGGGACUCAGUACUGUAUGGUGCCAUUCCUUGCGUGAUAGGGGUGUGAACCUCCACUCCUAGAGCACCAUGGCAACAUUUUCCCUGCUCUGAAGCAAAGCAGCAGUUAUGAAAGCUUUUGUGACAAUAGUGGGUUAGAUAAACGAUGACACUAAACUGAGCUCUAGCCCACCAGGAGUGGGAAGUGAGUGAGUGCUAACAGUAGAUAUUUGACUUUGACCUUAAUCUGCGUUUCAAUAAACGGACUUUUGGCCCUGUGGUGCGGUCGAGGACAUGAACAAGCUUAUCAGGUAAUGAUAUUUUACAGUCUUUGGAUUUCUGUAUACUUCUGCCAUGCUUGACAGUAGGAAUGUGUAGAAAGAUGUAUAGCCCCUUUAGCUCCGUCAGUGUCCACGUGCAAGUACGGCCCUGAAAAGUGUAUAUUUUCAGUGUAUGAAAAUGGUAUGUUUGUUCAUUGUAACGUGAGCACUCAGAUUGAGAAAUCCUUUAUGUGCAAUGAUAUAAGUAAAUAAAUAAGCAACUUUUCAGGGGCCACAUUUACUUUGACAAUUAAAUUUUAUAUUUUGGUAAAGACAUGAAGUGGUGGGUUUCAAAUUACACUUACAAAAUCAACAAUCAACUUCUACAUAGAUUCUUCAGAGACAAUUAGACAUCCAAGCUUUCUGAACUCUCAAACUGCAGGAAGACCACCUCUGGGAGUAUAAGCACUACAGUAUUACCAUGCUUUACUUCAGUAGUUCAAGUCAUAAAUGUCAUUGGAAAAUCUUUGUUGUUCUUGGAGUCUUGUUGCUGAAAUGUUUUCUUCUUUCAAUGCACUGGCUUAGUGGCAAUGCAAAAAUAAACUAUAUUCAGUAUUUCUUUUUGACUUGAAAACAAUCUUAGUGUGUUCAGUUUGCAGUAAAGAGCCAACAGAAAUGUAUUUAAAUGUGAUCUUUGGUGAACCAGUCAAUGCGCUUCCUGUAAUAUAUGUAAAUAAACUUUUUUUUUAAUGA